AUGAACUUUUGUCAUCAUCUACUGGUCGAAAAUUUGACGUGUUCUCAAAUUUGUAGUGAUGGAUACGAAGUUUCUAAUCUUAUAAGUGAUAACUCGCAUCUUAAAGCACGAGGAUUUCUUGUGGCUCGUUUUGUCAAGCCUCCGGUAGAAAUAAAAUUUCAUCUUAUAGUUCCUAUUGAUAUCGAAUGCAUAUUGAUUGAUCGUAAAGUUGGCGGUCAGAUAUCGUCAGGAUUGGAGAUUUAUCUAGGGAAAGAAGUAGAUCAGCUAAAAUGGGCUGGUAAAGCCUUUGUACAGGAAACUCCAUCAAAUGUAGUUGGCAACUGUGUGCUUGCAUUUAUAAACGAGGCUUUUAUUGGUGAUAAAGAAUGGCAAAUUGCUAACAGUGGCCAUAAUUCACGGUGCCAUCCUAACAGUAAUUUUUAUUUGAGAGGUGGUAGAGCAUUAUCAGAUGUUCAGUAUAUUUCUAUCAAAAUAUUGAAAACUAGCCAGUCUAGUUUAGCUGCAAUUAGACUUAUUCAGAUAUGGGGAAAGCCAAGCAAGAGCUGUGAUAAAGAAAUGGUUAAAAAAAUGCAAGCAAUUAGACGCAAAAUGGAGAUCGGAUCGAAUACCAGUAAUAUUACGACCAUUAGCCAAUCCCAUGAGACAAAUCUUCAGUGUAAGCUUAACAACGAUGACGCUGAUACACAAGGUAAAGUAUCGGUACAAGCAGAUGAUCAAGCUCCGUUAACAAGUACUUCUCAACAACAACUAGUACCGAAUGACUUCCUAGAUUCUAUAACUUGCGAAAUGAUGCAUUUGCCAGUGCUACUACCGUCAGGACAAAACGUUGAUCGAACGACGUUGGAAAGAUGGAUCAAAGAUCAGUCUAUUAAAGGAAAAACCCCAUGUGAUCCAUUUACAGGCAUUCCGUUUACGGAAACUAGUAGACCUGUAUUCAAUACGGCACUGAAAAUUCGUUUAGAUAAAUAUUUAGUAAAUUUUGGCCACAAUUUAUCUUCAAUUGGUAGAACUGUUGGCACGAUACAAAGCAAUGACCAAGAACACAACCCUUUCAAAACAGUAAAGUCAGUAAUUGCCAAUAUGAACCGCGCACGUCAUAAAAUCAACGAUGUAAAAUCAACUCUAUCGUCUGGUGUUACCUUUGAUGCGAAAGAAUACAGCCACAAUAGUGAUAAUCAAAUUAACCCUCCUAAGUGCUCCGUUGAUUCCAUUGGAAUUAAAAGAAAGAUAAACGGUUCUCCCAUAUCAUCGAAAAUGAAUCUAAAAGCAACAGAAAUUCACUAUCAAGACAACUUGAAGCGUAAUACAACAAACAAUCAUGAUCCAUCUUGCCACUUAGCAAAAAUUCGUCGUAGCCUCAGUCAAGCUUUUAGUGCUAACAAAGUUUUUGAUUCGGGAAUUCAAGACGCGAAGUUUGCAAAUGGGAUCACUUUAUCUGCAUCCAAUAUAGUCCCUAAUGCUGAAGGUAGUGCAAUUCAAAAUCUGGACAUAAUAUCGGAAUCAACAUAUGAUACCAGUGAUGAUUCUAGAGAGGUCUUGAGCAGGCAGACAGCCGCUGUUGAAAAGCAACAUUUAAUCCACACUUGCUGCGAAUGUCGCUUUGAUAUUACAACAUUUCAGUCCAUAUUUCAGUUAAAAUGUUGUCAUUUUAUAUGUCGCCCUUGCUUAACAAAUAUGGUAAAAGAAUCAAGGGGUGAAGUACUCUGCAGUUUGUGUGGUUCCAAAUCUUCUCGUGCUGUCAUCACCCGUGUUCAUCAGGAUAAUUUUACAACCAAUUUUUCGUAA